AGAUGGUUAAAAAAAUAACGAGUGGAGGAUAAAGAUAAACAAUUGGGUUAAUUUUAAAUAGAAAAGAGGUAGAAGAAUAAAAAUGGGAAUGUUUGAAGCUGUACUAAGGAAAUAAUCAUCAGAGAGAUUUAUGA